GGGGGGGGAUGAAGUGACGUUUCUGCCAAGAAUGCUGAGUCAUGUUAGAUGAAGAAAACGGCAUUAAAAAAAAGCUGCGACAGUUAUAAUGAGCGAGAGGAUUCAGGAUCAAGAAGCUGUAGAGGCUGGUGGUGGUUGGGAGGGGGGGGGGAGGCAGUGCUAAUGUAGGGACGUGUCAUCAUGAGAGCGCGUCUCAAUGUGUGCGCGCGCGACAGGGAGAGGCCGCUCUGCUCUGCAACAGCGAGCACGUGAACAGCGGGGAGGGGUCGGCAUGGACUCCAUGCCUCUCUGUGACAAGCAUCUUUUUGACAGAGCGGCUGAUGGCAGCCCAGCCAGACGCAGCGGAAACAGCGGCAGGAGCAGCAGCGGAAAGGAUCCCCCAGUAAUCAGAUUCGAAUUACCGUUUCCCUCGUCGCCACGGAGACGUCUUUCUUUGCAGGAAGUGGAGCCUUUCUGGAGAAGCUCGUGGCAUCAGAUCUCCAAGCAGAUCCAGAAAAUAGUACUUGUGAUGUUCUAGCUGUUUCGGAAACGACGGCCUUUGACGCUUUACCGCUUCACCGAGGAUCCCGCAAAGUUUUCAAAGAAAUAACCCAAAGAAAAGAUGACCGCCAUGCAGAAGCUGCUGCAGCUGCCCGUGAACGCGGUGAACAUGGUGAAGACUGUGCAGAGUCAGGUGCAGGGCCACGAGGAGGACAAGAGCCCCGUGCUGACCCCCGAUGGCGGGCAGCAGACCUGGUACAGCGCCCUGAGGCCCGACGAGCUGCGCCACCUCCGCUCGGGGAGCAGCGGAGGAGGAGGUGUUGGCGACAGAGGGCGGGAUCAGGAGGAGCGAGCGCCACCGGAGGAAGGUGGCGGCGCUAACGGGAGUUCCCAAAGUCAACCUUUGCGACACGACGACCUGAAGGAGAUGCUGGACAGCAACAAAGACUCGCUGAAGCUGGAGGCCAUGAAACGCAUCGUGGCCAUGAUCGCCCGCGGUAAAAAUGCGUCAGACCUCUUCCCUGCGGUAGUGAAAAAUGUGGCUUGUAAAAAUAUUGAGGUGAAGAAGCUGGUCUACGUUUACCUCGUACGCUACGCCGAGGAGCAGCAAGACCUCGCACUGCUCUCCAUCUCCACGUUCCAGCGAGGCUUGAAGGAUCCCAACCAGCUGAUCAGAGCCAGCGCGUUGCGAGUGCUCUCCAGCAUCCGAGUCACCAUCAUUGUUCCCAUAAUGAUGCUGGCCAUCAAAGAGGCCGCUUCCGACAUGUCUCCUUAUGUUCGGAAGACUGCUGCCCACGCCAUCCCUAAGCUCUACAGUCUGGAUCCAGAACAGAAGGACCAGCUAAUUGAAGUCAUUGAGAAACUCCUUGCUGACAAAACCACACUUGUGGCAGGCAGCGUGGUCAUGGCCUUUGAGGAGGUGUGUCCCGAGCGGAUCGACUUGAUCCACAAGAACUACAGGAAGCUCUGCAACCUCCUGAUCGACGUGGAGGAGUGGGGCCAGGUGGUCAUCAUCAACAUGCUGACGCGCUACGCCAGGACGCAGUUCCUCAACCCCAACAUCAAUCUAGGUGAUCAAGCAAAAAGUCAAGAAUUUUUCAAGGAAUCCCUGCUGGAGGAGGGCGGAGGCGGCGACAAGACCUUCUAUGGCUCCGAUGGCAACGGCGACGACGAAGAUGAGGAGGACAAGCAGAAGAAGGCCGAGGCCGCCGCUUUGGCCAAGAGGAAGCCGUAUGUGAUGGAUCCGGACCACCGGCUGCUGCUGAGGAACACCAAGCCACUCUUGCAAAGCCGCAACGCAGCUGUGGUGAUGGCCGUGGCUCAGCUCUACUUUCAUCUCGCCCCCAAAGCGGAGGUCGGGGUGAUCGCCAAGGCUCUGGUGCGUCUUCUGCGGAGUCACAGUGAAGUCCAGUACGUUGUUCUUCAAAAUGUGGCCACAAUGACCAUCAAGAGAAGGGGGAUGUUCGAACCGUACCUGAAGAGUUUCUACAUCCGCUCCACAGACCCGACACAGAUAAAAAUCCUCAAGCUGGAGGUUCUCACCAAUCUUGCCAAUGAGACCAACAUCUCCACGAUUCUCAGAGAGUUUCAGACCUACAUUAAAAGCAUGGAUAAAGACUUUGUGGCCGCCACCAUCCAAGCCAUCGGCCGCUGUGCCACCAACAUCGGAGAAGUGAGGGACACGUGUCUGAACGGCCUGGUGCAGCUGCUGUCCAACAGAGACGAGUUGGUGGUGGCCGAGUCGGUGGUGGUCAUCAAGAAGCUGCUGCAGAUGCAGCCUGAGAAGCACAGCGACAUCAUCAAGCACAUGGCCAAACUGACGGACAACAUCCAGGUGCCGAUGGCGCGGGCCAGCAUUCUGUGGCUGAUCGGCGAAUACUGCGAGCACGUGCCUAAGAUCGCCCCGGACGUCCUGAGGAAGAUGGCCAAGUCCUUCACCAAUGAGGAGGACAUUGUCAAGCUUCAGAUACUCAACCUGGCUGCCAAGCUCUAUCUCACCAACUCCAAACAGACCAAACUGUUGACGCAGUAUGUCCUCAACCUGGCCAAGUACGACCAGAACUACGACAUCCGCGAUCGGGCACGCUUCAUCCGCCAGCUCAUCGUACCCACCGAGAAGAGCGGAGCCCUCAGCAAGUACGCCAAAAAACUCUUCCUGGCCCUCAAGCCCGCGCCCGUCCUGGAGUCUCCGUUUAAAGAUCGAGACCACUUCCAGCUGGGCUCGCUGUCGCACCUGCUGAACGCCAAAACCGGCGGCUACCAGGAGUUGCCCGACUGGCCGGAAGCCGCCCCAGAUCCCUCCGUGCGCAACGUGGAGGUGAAGGAGUCUUCUUGCCAGGUAUUUUCGCUGCUUGAGCGAGUCACAACGUUGACCAGCGUGCCCGAGUGGACCAAGUGCAGCAGCCGGGAGAAGAGGAAGGAGAAGAAAGUGGAGAAGCCCUUCUACUCCGACUCCGAGGGCGAGUCUGGGCCGACUGAGUCCGCCGACAGUGAGUCGUACUCCUCCAGUGGCUCCGACAGCGGAAGCGGGAGCGCCGAAAACGGUUCCGGAUCAGCGAGCGAAGACAGCGUAGAAGCUUCAGAGUCGGAGGAAGAGGAGGAGCACAAGAAGAAGAAGAAGAAAGAGUUCAAGAGGCCGGUGCAAGAAAGCGACAGGCGAGACGGCGCUUUUGUUUUUGAGUGUUUUCAUCAUUUAACAACUAACCUGAAUAAUUGUGCCAGCGAGGAGAGCAGUGAGGAGGAAGAGAGGAAGCGCGUGAGGAAGCGCAAACAACUGAAGAGCAACUCUGAGUCGGAGUCUGACGAAGACGAGGAAAGCGAUUCCGAAAGCAGCCAAUCGGAAUCUGAGGAUUCAGAGUCGGAGGUGGACGUCAAAAAGAAGAAGGAAGUGCAAUCAAAAGCUCCCUCCAAGCCCGUCACAAAAGAGAGCAAGAAAGAAAAGAAAGAAAUGUCGCUGCUGGACCUUGACGACUUCGAACCCGCCGCUUCGCCUCAAGUGACGCCCGUCAACUCCUUCCUGUGCAGCAGUCUCGUGACUGACCUGGAGGGUUUGUCUUUGGCUGACUCCGUCCUCUCGCCCAUUGCCAUCUCGCCGUCGGGCGCGCAGAAGAGCUACGAGCUGCUGCACCGCAUCACCGGGGAGGGCCUGUCGGUGGAGUACUGCUUCAGCCGCCAGCCGUUCGGCCCCGACCCCAAGAUGGUGGCGGUGCAGAUGCAGUUCGCCAACAGCGCCGCCGCAGACGCCAAGAACCUGCACAUGGAGGACGUCAAGCUGCAGUCCGGCAUGAGGGUCCAAGAGUUCCCGGAAAUCGAGCUGCUUCGUGCGGGUGAGACCGCCACCGCCGCGAUGGGCAUCGACUUCUGCGACUCCACACAAGCGGCAAACUUCCAGCUGUGCACUCACAGCAGGAAGUGCUUCGUCUCCAUCCAGCCGCCAGUUGGAGAGCUGAUGAAACCCAUUUUCAUGACCGAGAACGAGUUUAAAAAGGAGCAAGAGACGCUAUCACAGCGUCUAGGUCAGCUGAUGGGCAUGAACGAGAUCACAGAGAGGCUGACGCUGGACGCAAAGUGCCGGGACGAGCACGUCGUCGUCCAGAGGGUGACGGCCGCCGCCAACCUCAGCAGAGUGCCCUGUGGCUCCGACAAAGAAUGCAGUCCUCCACUUCCCCUUCCUGCACUUCCCCUUCCUGUGCACAGAUUCGCCGGCAGGACGGUGAGCGGCGGCAGCCUGGUGCUGGUCACCGUGGCGACCAAGGAGGACGGUGCCGCCCAGCUGACGCUCAACUGCGACAAGAUGGUGAUCGGCACCAUGCUGGUCAAGGACAUCCUGCUGGCGCUCACGCAGUGACGCGCGCGCUGCUCGCAUCCCGCCUGCCCGCUUCCACUCUCCCGCCUUCGCCUGGAAUGUUCGUGUUUGUUUCUUUGUUUGUUUUUUGGUUUCCAGCUUGCCACCUUUUUGACAAUCAGAAAAAGGAUGACCCCACGCUACGUCUGCUAACAGGAACGACAUGACGGCAUCUCAAGACUACAUUAUGUUGCCCGCUACCUAGAAAAUUAAUUCCAUUCCAGAAAACUUCUCGGUGCCAAUUAAUAGUUGGUUUCUGAAGGUUAAGUAGUCAAGUAGUCAUUUUAGAUUUUUUGUCCUUACAAUUUCCACCAAAUUCCAUAUUUAAGAACAUUGGAGAAUAUUUUGUUGUUGUUUUGAAAAAAAAACACUGGUUAUCAGAUGUUAUUCGGUAACGUUAGAUUUUUUUCUUUCAAACGCAUUCUAUCUAAUUUCAUAUAAAAUAACAUUUGAGAAACUUUGUUUUGUUUAAAAAAAACAAUACAUUGUUUCAAAUUUAAUUUAGUAAUAUUAGGUUUUUUAGUUUAUAAUUUUAAAACCAUUUCUAACAAAUUCACUUUUGUUUCUUUUCAUUAAAUUGAGUUAUCAAAUGUUAUUUAGCAAUGUUCAAGGAUUCUUUUAUUUAUUUUCUACCAAAUUUCAUAUUGAGAAAUGUUUUUUUUAUAUUAUUUGUCCUUUCUUGAAAUUUUUUUUUUACCAAAUUCCAUAUGAAUUCGGAAUAUUUCUUUUUACACUUGAAAAUAAUUAAAUAAAAAAUUUAGUUAUCAAAUCUCAUGUUUUUUUGUUCAUUUUUAUAUCUAACUUGGUCAUUAAUUUCCUCUUAUUUAAGUUCAUUUGGCUAAUUGUUUUUAAAGCCACAACUGUUAUUAUGAAAUUGCAGAUUUAAAAAAAAACCAAAAAACAACCAAUGUAGGUCAUAGAAGACGUUUGCGUUUGAACGUAGCAUGACAAUUUCAAUCUUAUGUUGCAGUUAAAAAGUAAGACAAUAGCGGGAAUAAACAUUUGAAAUGUUGCUGUGUAUGCAACACUGCUACUGUAUGUACAGUAUGUGUGUGUUAUACUGUAUAUAUAAUACAAACGGCUCAUCUCAGACUUUUUACUUUUUUUAACACUGGACCUGUGUUGCUGUUACAUGCAGAUUAUUUUAUUGUAUUUUUUGUUCUCCUUUGGGCCUUAAAGUAUAAUAAACCUGUGAACAUGUCACUUUUUUCUUUAAUUUUGACUUAAAAAUUAAAUUCCAAUUAUUGAGGAUUGAGUUGUUAGGUAUUAAGUUCAUUAUUGAUUUCAGUGAAAUUUUAAAUACAAUUGCUGAAAAUUAUAUCCAAAUACAUUAGUGUCUUGUAAUAAAUUAGUGAAACUGCCCCCAUUUUAGCCUGAUUUUGGCUUAAAAGGCUUACUGUAAUAAUUCAUAUUAGUCAUAAAAAAAAUUGUAAAACUUCAGUUAUUCAUUUUGAUUCUUUUUUUUAACAAUCUAUUUUGCCAAAUAAUUGAGCGUGAUACCCUGUGACAGAUGAGUAAAAACGCUCCACAAUUGUUUUUAUUUUUAUUUGUUUUACCUUUUGGCUUAAAUGUAAUUAAAAAACUAAAAUUCAGUUCUUCAAUGAUCAAAAAAGUUUUUUUGUUUUUUUUUUUUACUUUUGGUGAAUGUAAGUUAUUUUAACAAAGCAGAUAAAAAAAUUUUACAUGCCGCAUUUUAUCCCGACACCAUUUGUUUUAAAAUGAAAAUGAUGUAUUAUUUUUCAUCACGUCUUUUGUGUGCUGCUUGACAAUUGUAGUAGACAAAUAAAUGAUAAAAAAAAGAUAUUUUAUUUUCCAAUGCCUGUUGAAAAAAUAUACACAACACAAAAUAUCAAUAAUAAUCAAACAAAUGAAAAAUAAAGCCUUUGAUUUU